AUGAUACAUUCACGUUUUACUCGAUUAUCUUUUCUGUAUCUGCCGGUAUAUAUAAGAAUCCGACGUUCAACUUUUAGAUGCUUUACCCAAAUUGAUACAAAUGCAUUUCAGUUGUUCGAUGAAUUGCCUAAACGAGAUGUAGCAUCGGCUACAUCUUUGAUUAGCCGUUUUGCUCAAUUGAAUCAACACAAGAAAGCAAUGACUAUCUUCUCAAGAAUGUUUGAGCUGAAUAUCAGACCGAAUGAGUUCACAUUUGGUGUUGUAAUUCACUCAUCUGUUGUUCUCAAUGACCCAAAUUUAGGAAAGCAAUUUCAUGUUGUUUCAAUGAAAAUUGGUCUUAACUCGAAUGUUUAUGUGGGUAGUGCGCUUUUGGAUCUUUAUGUAAAGCUAAGCAGCAUUGAAGAAGCUCUGGUUGUUUUUGUGGAUACCCAUGAACCAAAUGUGGUUUCUUACACAACUUUAUUAUGUGGGUAUCUUAAAGAACAGAGGUUUGAUGAAGCAAUGGAAAUUUUUCGGAUAAUUCCGGAGAGAAAUGUUGUUUCUUGGAAUGCUAUGAUUAGUGGGUAUAGCAAGAAAGGAUGUAACGAAGAGGCUGUUAAUCUUUUUAUUGAGAUGUUGAGACGAGGUUUCAUACCUGAUCAAUCAACGUUCCCUUCUUUGUUAAGUGCAGCUGCAAAUAUGGCAGCAUUGGGUAAGGGCAAAAGUUUCCAUGCUUGUGCUGUGAAGUAUUUGGGUGAGGUUGGUGUGUUUGUAGGCAAUUCCCUUGUUAGCUUUUAUGCAAAAUGUGGGAGUUUAGAGGAUUGUCUUCGCGUUUUCGAUAGACUUCCUGAAAGAAAUGUUGUGACUUGGAAUGCUCUAAUAUGUGCUCAUGCUCAAAAUGGGAGAGGGGAUGUAGCGAUUGAAUUGUUUAAGAGAAUGGAAUAUAUGGGAAUUAAGCCAAAUAGUGUUACUCUUCUUGGUUUGCUACUUGCAUGUAGUCAUGUUGGUCUUGUUGAUGAGGCUUAUUCAUAUUUUGAGCAGGCAAGAACUCAGGAUGCUAAUCUGCUGAAAUCUGAGCACUAUGCAUGUAUGGUUGAUCUGCUAUCGCGUUCAGGGAGGUUUCAACAAGCUGAGAAAUUUAUUCAUGAUUUGCCUUUUGAUCCAGGUAUAGGAUUUUGGAAGGUCUUGUUAGGAGGCUGUCAGAUUCACUCAAACACGAAGCUAGGGGAAUAUGCUGCUGAAAAGGUAUUGGCUCUAGAGCCCAGAGAUGUUUCAUCAUAUGUGAUGCUCUCGAAUGCACAUUCUGCUGCUGGAAGAUGGCAGAGUGUGUCCUUCGUAAGGAAUGAAAUGAGGGAAAAAGGGUUGAAGGCGGUCCCUGGAUGUAGUUGGGUUGAAAGCAAAUGCAAAAUUCAUGUAUUUGUUACUGGAGACAAGAGACAUGCCAACAAGCCUGAGAUUUAUGAACUUCUUGGGUACUUCCUCGAGCACGCAAUGAAGAGCCAAGAAACUGAUUUUCUUCGAGAAUUUUGAUGCACAACUCCACACUUCAAUGUCCA